AUGGUGGAUGUAUGCUUCUCUAUCUACCCUUACGCAAAACUACAUGCUCUUCUCUUUGCAACCAUCUUUCUCAUUGCAUUUAGUGGUUUAGUGCUUUAUGUUUUAAGUGAUGGUAGUCUUGCAGAAGCCCUUUGGAUUUCUUGGACAUUUGUGGCAGAUUCAGGGAAUCAUGCAGAUACAGUUGGCACUAGAUCAAGAGUUGUUUCAGUCUCCAUAAGUUCAGGAGGGAUCAACCACAUACUUGUUCUUGGAUGGAGUGACAAAUUGGGUUCACUUUUGAAGCAACUGGCAAUAGCAAACAAGAGCAUUGGUGGUGGUGUGGUGGUUGUCCUAGCGGAAAGAGACAAGGAGGAGAUGGAGAUGGAUAUAGAAAAACCUGAGUUCAACUUCAUGGGCACUUCAGUUAUAUGCAGAAGUGGUAGUCCACUUAUACUUGCUGACUUGAAAAAGGUGAUAACAGUGUUGUUAAAUCAUCUGACAAGAGGUUAUACGCCUUGUAUUGUUGAUAACAAGGUGAAGAUCCCAGAACAGUAUUUUCAAGGAAAAGAGGAUAAGAAUAAAAUUGGAUUCUCGAGACUGGUUACUUAUCUGCAAGUAACGUCGCAGGAAGAUGAAGAAAUGUUGAUAUGUGGGAAUGAAAGUGGUUCGAUUGGAUGUGGUGUUGUGAUGGCCUCACAUAGGCUGCAACUUUGGGGGAGAGUGACUAAGCUUCUUGUUGCUCAUUUUAUAUGGUUGGAUUAUGAUAAUCCAGCUAAGCCUAAGCCUAUUUAUCUUUACAUUAAUUCAUCCGGAACAUAG